GCUUUUCUUACUACGCUAUACAAAAGCUGUCGGUUGAACUAUAAUCCGGGCCGCCCAAAUUGCCCAAACCCAGAACUUUGCGACCCAACAUCGCUGUUCCCAUGCGCCUUAGUACAUCAUCGACCACUACGUGCCGAUGGAGUUGACAACUUUCUCGGUUGAGACUGCCAAGGACUCCCUCCACGAAGAAGGCUUUGUUGAUCUGCACGACUCGGAAGUCGGUGGGCAUGUUUCGGAAAUUGAGCAGAAGGGCUUCCAGUACUUGUCGCCCCACGGUUUGGACUUCUGUCAGCAACGUGUUUUCGAAGAUGUGCGUAUUCGAUCCAUCCUCGAAACCCUUUUCGAAAAGUGCAACCUCGGGCACUGGUUGAGAUACAAAGAAUUGCCUGGCCAUAUCGAAUGCUUUAGGAAGGGUGGCCCAGAAGCAGGCAUGCGUGUUGUUUUAGUUCAACUGUGGGCUCGCGGUUCACGGGUCGAAUACUACAGAGGUUCACACCUAUGUGUCCUGCCUACUACGAAAGGCGAACGGUCAUUGCACGAGAUAUCCCCGAAGGCACUCGACGAAGCGGGUUGCAAGCCCAAGGAGCUCAAGUUUCCGGAUGGGGGCCUGGUCGUUCUUGAUGCACGGCUAGCCUUCGAAAUAAAAAAAGGCUAUGCUAUCACCUUCAUAUUUGCCACAGACGAAGUAGUUGCUGCCUGGCCCAAGAUUUCCCUGCCAAAUUCUCCCGAGGUUGUACGAAAAGUUGUCAACAUGGAAAGUCCAACAAUAAAGGUGAAUUUCGCCGUUCAAGCUUCAGCCGGAAAAUGAAAUACUUAGUUACUCUCCCAUCUAACCUAAAUUUUCUGUCCAAUCAUCUCUUCGACCCAGCCCAUGUCU